CGGUGAUCCCCAAAACCGAUCCCGAUCCCCUUCCUCGACUCUUCUUCUUCUCUGUUUCCCUCUGCCCGAUCCCGAUCCCGAUCCCGAUCCCUCCCUCUCGUUCUCUCUUGCGGACUCGACGGCGAGGUCGGAGGAGCACGUCACCGGAGCUCGACGGGAACCAACGGGCUUCAGGUCAUCUUCGGCCGAGGGGUUGUUGUUCGGUGGAUUCGGCGGCCGGACGUCGACGGCACGGUACCUAGGGCACGACAGAGGCUUGAUUCGCGUCGUCUCCCAACCGAUCGACCUCCCCUUAGCUCUCAUCGUGCUGCUCACAGUGCGAUCCAUCUCGGAUUGGAUCGGGCGACGCCACCGAGGAGCGAUCUUGGAGAGCCAUCAUCGGAGAGAAAUCUUGGCCGCCGGCUACAAAUUCUUGGCCGUGAUCACCAAGUGCUCAUUGGGAGCGAAACCGAAUAUCUGAUUUCCAUCUCUGUGGUUUGUUGAUCAGGCUGCGUCGAUCACUGGCAGCUGCCACAGAUUCACUGCUUGAUCGGAACAGUGGAGUGGGUCUCAGCACAGUUCUGCUGUGAUGCUGGAAUUGUGAUUGUGAGGUGAAUUCCAGCAGUAUUCCUUGAUCCAGCAAUCAACAGGGGCUGUGAAUCGAGGACUUUGAUUCGAGACAGGUGUCUCGACGUUGGAUUUGGCGUGAUACUACCUGCUAUUUGAGCACCGAUACAUGGAGGAGGAUAUGUUCAGGUAUGACAUUAGCCUCUCCCCGCUGAUUCCUCCUCUUCCCUGAUUACCCAUCGCGAUCCACGUCCUCCUCUUCCCUAAUUUCCCAUCGCGAUCCACGCCGCGAAGCUUCCUAAGCUACUGACCACCUUUCACGACGUUGCCGAUGCCGGUGAGGAUCCCGUCGCAUUGACCUUCGUCAAACCAGGCUAUGGUUGCGACCAGUGUCACGACGACCAUGGUCAGCGCACCUUUUCUACUUCCCUCCCUCGUACGUGAGAGCGGCUCCAGUUGCUGCGUUGCCGUCGUCGUUCCCGUGCGCCGGCCCCUUCGUCGGUAUUGAAACAAACCGGCCGUUAUCAACGUCUUUUCCCUACUCCGACCACCGCAGUCACAACUGACGGACACAGGUGGUUGCAAGUAGCCACUUCAGUGCCACCCUCGCCGACACUACCACUGUCUCGGCCAUCGCCGCCAUACGACAAGACGCAGACAGCCUAGUGCUCAGCAGCACAGCCAGGCCAACAUCAGCUUUGCGCUUCUUCCUCAGGUCACUGCCACUUAGAUUUGCUCCAGCCACAACAGCAACUCCACCGUGCCAAAGCAAGAGUCGUCGGACAUCCUGUUGCCCGGCUGGGACUUCACUGUACCAGUGAGAGUGAAGGACUCUGAUACGAGACGGACAUUCCGAAGGGAGAUAGUUCAAGACUAUCUACUAUAAAGACUACACAGUAGGCAGAUUGAAUGUGGUACUGAUCAAACCAUGGAGCCUUCUAAGUGGAAGAAGGUGGCAUAUGGAGGGAUGCAGCUGGGAUAUAAUGACAACUACACUGAUGAAUCAUUCCUUGAAGAAAUGGUUAUGAAUGCUAAUGUGGUAAAGAGGGACAUGCCGAAAGUGAUGCUUGAUUCCGUUUCCAUAACUCAAUAUGUUUGCAUUGUGUCUCUUGUGGUCUCCGUAUGGGCUCAUACAUUGAGUUUGCACAUUGAUGAAAUCUCUCUCCUUAAACUGGAUAUAGCUCUUCUUGCACUAGGAUUUUCAGUCCUCUUGCUCACUGCAAGACAACUUUCCAUCCAACUUCUCUCACAUUAUCUUCUUAAUAUUUCAUUCUUCAUCAGUGGAUUAUAUGUUUUAGCACCAAUAUAUUACACUCUUACUAGAUCUAUCAGUUCAGAUUCAAUAGUGGCAUUGACUGUAUCACUUCUCGUAAUUCAUCUUUUCCUUCAUGAUUAUUCUGGUUCCACGAUAAGACCUCCUGGUGCUCUAAAGAAUCCAAAUUUGGCUAGUAAUAUCUCCUUGAAUGCAUCAAUAGUGGCAUCGGUUCUUGUGGCUUCUCGUCUUCCAUCCAGACUUCAUGUCUUUACCAUAAUGCUUUUUUCUUUGCAAGUCUUUCUUUUUGCACCACUUAUCACAUUUUGCAUUAAGAAAUACUCCAAUAAGGUACAUCUGUUUUUUUCCUUUGCAUUAAUGAGCAUGGCCUUGAGUGUGGUGUACCAGUUGCAUAGCAUGCUGUUUACACUAUUGUUGGGCCUUCUAUUCUUCAUCUCUGUAGUUUGCCCUUACUGGCUUAUAAGGAUACAAGAAUACAAAUUUGAGAUAAAUGGUCCAUGGGACGAGGCUAAGCUCUGCUUUGACAUCACCGAGUAACCAUUGACUUUUAGUGUUGCUCAAGGCUUAUAUCUGGCAGUUGUCUGUCUUAUCUUUGAACUGAAUAAUUUUUCUCAUGUUUCGAUGGACAAGAAUAAUUGAAUGCUACUACUGCAAACUUGGUGAGCUCUGUUCCAUAAAGGAAAGCAAGUCCAAACAAGAUAUUGAAUACUGAUGUAUGCAUUUAAUGCCUAAUCAUUAAAAUGUCUUCCUGCUUGUCAAAUUUUUCAGAGUUUUUAAUGCUUGUCAAAUGUUUGACAGAGUUUUAAUACUUGUAUUAAGUAGAUCUAUAUUUGCUCUCAACACAUGCAGUUUUUUUAUCUUAUUAUAUUAUCUUUAAUUUUGUGUAACUUUACCUCAUUUUUGUCCUAGUAAGCUUAGUCUUGUGCAUCUUCCAGUUGAUUACACCUAGUUGGCACAGAUGGAGAAUUGGUGAUGGUUUCGGUUUAUAGAGUCAUGGAUCAUGAAAAGUUGAGGUUGCGAGAGCUUAAAGAGCAUAUAACUUCUGGUGUUUGGUUUAGGGAGAAGUGAUGAUGGUCACAGUAGCUUGAAACUUGUGACUAAAGGCCAAAGAUGUGGCAAAGAGAGAACUUGAAAUACCAUAGGAAGAGGUAUGUGUAUGGCUAUUGACCACUGUGGUAAUCAAGGCAAAGAUGAGCAUAUAAACAAUUUUUUUAAAAAAAUUUGCUCGAGUGAAAAAUCUGAACAAAAAGGAGGAAAACUCUGCUCUAGUAAAUGGUGCAUAGACAACAUCAUUGAUAAAACUUGUACCUUUGAAUAUGAACCUUUUUAUUCUUUGAUAAUGGUUCAUCUGUCGAUGCUGUAACUGUGUAAGAAUCACUUGUUAAUUUUGUAUUAGCAUUGUUUUUUAAAGAUUAUGUCAAUCUUUCAGUGAUUA